AUGGAGGGACCAUGGGCUCAAGUGGAAACCACGCUUCCACAUAUACCACUUCUACCAAUUUCUCAGCGCCAGUCAAUCCGAACAGAGCGACUAUUGAUUCGACCAAUGCAGGAGGAUGACCUUCAGGCUUACCACGAGUUGCGCUUACAGCCAGAAGCAAUGGCCUGUAGUAGGCAAGGGAGACCUGACCACGACAUUGAAGAGACUCGAUCAGCGCUGAACCAAUUUUUACCGCCAUAUAGCGACAAAACAUUCUUGUACGGCGUCUUUCUUCCGUCUACGGGCGAAUUAAUCGGCGAGGGAGGUGUUCAUACACUAGAGUCUUCAUCUUGUGGUUGGCCCGAGAUUGGGUACAGAUUCAAGAAAGAGGUUUGGGGCCGGGGGUACGCGACCGAGUUCCUAAGGGCGUUUCUUAAGAUCUGGUGGGAUUUGCCUAGGAACCGCACUAAACUUCGGGUUCAUUCGUCAUCUAUUCAGAAGGGAAACAAUUUGGAUGCUGUAGAACAGAUCCAUGCCAACACAGACUGGGACAAUAUAGGAAGUCAGAAGGUUUUGGCAAAACUUGGGUUUAUACAGUUUUCGAAGUACAUGGAUGUUUACACACAAGAGGAUAAGCUGGGCGAGCCACUGGAAUUAUUUUGUCACAGGCUUCCUUUUCCGGAAGACAAUAGCGGAAGUUGA